AUGUUUGUCAUGCCAGAAAUGAUGAUCACUUCCUUCAUGGUGAUGGUAACCCUAAUCACAGCAUCCCUUGUUAUAAUCUUCUUGCUUCAACAUGUUAUCAACAAUCACUAUCCAACUGUUUACUUGAUAAACUUUGCAUGCUACAAGCCUCCAAAUAGCGAGUUAGUCUCCAAAGAUUUCACCAUAAAUGAUAUGAAACGCUACGUUCAUGAUCUGAAAGACGAAACCCUAGAUUGCAUUAAAAGAGCAAUUGAAAGGAUCGGCAUAGGAGAUUCAACAUAUUCCCCGAGAGGCCUCCUUGCCUACCCACCAAACACUAGUCUAGCCGAGGCAAGAAGUGAGGCCCAGAAGAACAUGUUUGGUGCGGUUGAUGGGUUGUUAGCCAAAACUAUGAUAGAUUGUAGUGAGAUCGACAUAUUAAUCGUGAACACCAGCGUGUUUAAUACAGAACCUUCGUUGUCAAGCAUGGUGGUGAAAAAUUACAAGUUUGGAUCUAAUGUUUUGGAUUAUAAUCUUACUGGAAUGGGAUGUAGUGCUGGACUUAUUGCUAUUGGCCUUGCAAACAGACUUCUAAAGGUGCACAAGAACUCCCGUGCACUAGUGAUCAGCGCCGAGACAUUCUCAUCAAGUGUAUACCAAGGUAACGACAUAAGUAAAUUAAUGACCAACUUAACUUUCCGCGUUGGUGGUACCGCCAUUCUCCUCUCCAACAAGCCGUCCGAUAAAAACCGAUCCAAAUACCAACUCAUCCGAACCGUUCAAAACAACGAGGCCUCUUCAGACAUUUACUACGGAAGUAUCAUGCAAGAAGAAGACGAUGAAGAUAACCAAGGCAUAUCCAUCCGCAAAAACUUCCUAUCCGCCGGAAUACAAGCCAUAGAAACCAAAGUCAAAAUUCUAGCCCCGACAAUCCUGCCCUUGUCAGAAAAAAUCCAUUACCUAAAGCACAAACUCCUUACAUUCCUCCACAUGGAAAAUGGAAUUAGGGUUUACAUUCCUAAUCUUAAAAAAGGGUUCGAUCAUUUCGUGUCUCAUGUGGGUGGGAAACCGGUAUUGGAUGGAUUACAGAGAAGCCUUAAGCUAACGGAGGAAGAUAUGGAAGCUUCUAGAAAGACUCUUUAUAGGUUUGGGAAUACUAGUAGUAGCUCGGUUUGGUAUGGACUGGCAUAUUUGGAGGCGAAAGGGAAGAUGAAGAAAGGUGAUAGGGUUUGGCAAAUUUCGUUUGGAUCGGGUUUUAAGUGCUGCAGUGUGAUUUGGAAAGUGGUUAGGAUCAUUGAGAAGGAGGAUGACGUCAUCAAUCCUUGGACUGAUGUUGAGUUAGAUGGGUUGGGUGGAUUCGCCGCCGCCGGAUGA